AUGUCGAGGAAGAGGUUUCAUGGUCUAAAGCGCAUAGUGCCUAGAUUCCGCAUGACAUGGAACAAAUACAAUCUCUACAAUCUUAGUCGCUUGAUGUCUCCAAAUAAUGGAGGCACGUAUUUCCAGCAGAAAUGGAAAGCCAAAGCUGCAACGCGAGCGUACCAUGGGGAGCAGAUUCGGGAGAAGCAAUGGCAACGGAUGUUUACCUCGAGGUUGAACGCGGUCGUGCCAAUGGACCACAGAUACUUGGGGGAGAAUGAUGGGUCAGAGCUUGCUGCUGGAAGAGGUUCCGGUUUGGAUGAGAGGGGGGAGUCUCAGAGCAACCUAAAGACUCCGUACAUGCAGAUGACUUAUGCACCGACCGAAAGACGACUCGACAUAGCCAUAUUCCGAUCAUUGUUUGCCAGCAGUGCUCGACAGGCUCGGCAAUUCGUUACACAUGGCCAUGUGACGGUCAAUGGAAAGAAGAUGCCAUAUCCAGGAUACCUUCUGAACCCCGGAGAUAUGUUCCAAGUAGAGCCGGAGAGCGUGCUAUUUGCAACAGGACAGAUGAAAGACAAAGAGCAAGUCAAGGCAGGCCGGGAGAUGAAGAGAGCAAGACGAGUAGUAAAUACCCGGCGAGCUGAGAAGAGGACUGCCAAGAGGGAGAAGGCUUUACAAGCAAUAGCCAACAAGAAAGUCGCCGAGGAGUUAGCAGGGGAACCAACACCUAAAGCUUCUCGUCCAAUCAUGGCGGACGAAACAGAAGCUCGAAAACAACGAAAGGCCGACCUUCAAGAGCUUGUAAAACAAGUCAAAGCUAUUCUUGAAAACAAGAAAGCCCCUCCACCCGCCAAACGCAAGCAGGACCUUCGCGAAAUCAAUAGAGAAAUCAAGGGGACCAUGUCCGUACUUAACAGGAAGCCCGUCUCGGAAAUUGAAACCUCGAUAGAUGCUCUCAUCUCUCGACUCGCCAACCUUUAUCCCAGCAACCUCUUCGCUCGCAUCGACAAAAAGGCGAAUUCGAAAUCGAAGCCAGCCUCCGAAAUUGCAGGGGAAGCCAAGUCUUCUACUCAAGAAUUUACAGCCAAAGAGAAACAGAAGAUGCGUGAAGCUGUUGUUCUUAGUCGUGAGAAUCCAGUCGAUGAAUCGAAGCCCUACGCUACACCAUGGGCUCCACGACCUUAUAUGAGUGCAUUCGCAUUCAUCCCAAGAUACUUGGAGGUUAAUCACAAUAUCUGUUCUGCAGUUUAUUUGAGGCAUCCAGUGGCGAGGCCGGGGUUGGCAGAGGUACCUACACCGUUCAGUGCGGAACAGUUGCAGUUAGCUUUCAAUUGGUAUUUGAGAAGGAGGUAG